GGCGUCCUUUGUUAUCUUUCAUUUCCCUCUAAUAACGAAAACCUCGAUUCCAGUUGCCCAAGAUGAACGCUAUUCAAAUCAAGCAGUUUGGUGCGCCGUACGAAGUGUCGCGCGUGUCCAAGCCAUCGCCAAAGCCUAAUCAGGUUCUAAUCAAGAUCAAGGCUGGUGGACUGUGUCAUACGGAUCUCAUGGUGCUUGAGAAUGCCUUUAACAGCACACUGCCCGUCAUUGGGUCCCACGAGCCGGCCGGUAUUAUUGAGGAAGUGGGAUCUGCAGUAGAGGGGUUCAAAGUGGGCGAUCAUGUUGGUGCACUCAACUUUGAGAAUCCAUGUGGCAAAUGCGGCGACUGCACAUCCGAAAAGCCCAUCUACUGCGAUGCUCCCGAGAUGAAAGGCAUCACCGCGGACGGUGCCUGGGCAGACUACAUGGUUUCCGACUACCGAUUUGUGGUCAAACUCCCUGAUGGUAUGCCGUUCCCAGUAGCUGCGUGCCUCAUGUGUGCCGGAUCAACCAUGUACGGAGCCCUCACAAAGGCCAACAUGCCCAAGGGAAGCUCCAUUGCCAUCUUUGGCAUUGGCGGCCUUGGACAUAUUGGCACGCAGAUUGGUAAAGCCAUGGGUUACAAGAUUGUCGCCAUUGACGCCAAGCAGAGCGCUCUCGAUCUUGUUGCUUCUUAUGAUCUCAAGCCCGACGCCUGUAUUCUUGCCACCAACGGCGCCGAAAAGGUCAUUGCGACAAUCCAGUCGAGCAUCAAGGACGACAGCCCCUACCCAGGCGUAGAUGCCAGUAUUGUAGCGACAGACGCCGCAGCAGCUUUUGACAUGGCCACGAAAGUCACCAAGAAGCACGGCACGCUUGUUGUCGUUGGCCAGCCGAGCGAGGGUAUCAACUUUUCCUACCACACGCUCAUCUUCCGUGACAUCAAAGUCGUGGGCUCGCUGCUCGCGACUACGGCACAGGCCCAGGAACUGGUGCAACUGGUGCACGACGCUAAGAUCCAGCUCAAGAUUAAAGAGUGGAAGAUGGAGGACGCCGAGGCCAUGAAGCAGGAGUACAUGACGGGUAAGGGAGACGGAAAGAAUGUGAUUGUCAUGGAGUAAACAAGACACGGGUGACAAUGUUGGAGGAUUUUGUGGUGUUUGAAAAGGUUCGGGUGGUUGGGUUUAUGAGGCAAGAAAAAAGAAGAAGUCUAUUGAAUGAGCGAUGGUGUUGAGGAGUAUAAGAGAUGUAUGUACAGAAAAGAAACGAGAAAACGAAUGGGUAUGAAUGAUGAUGAAGACGCCCCAGAUAUGCAACCCCCCAAGAUAUAAAAAGUAAUACAAGAAAAUAUACAAAGAAAUAUUCCAAUGAACGUGAGAAUGCACAGCAUACUAUUCCUCUCUCUUGCGCUUCUUUGCGCUCCUAGACUUGCCAUCCUCAGGACAUUGCUGGCACGAAAGAUCAGUAAUUGGCGACAUGGACCAAUCUCGUGCGAUAGGGCGGCCAGGUGUUUGCAGAUACUUUGUUCCUCCACGAACAGGCGUUGGCGGAUUGCUAUGCAUCUUCUUUGGCAUACGGAUACCAGACUGGGCGAGAAUCUCGGCAACACGCCCGUUGCGCUGGUCCAUGGCGAUGUCUAUACAAGACCGGCCAGCCUUGUUGCGAGCCUCAGCAUCGGCGCCUGUCUCCAACAGCAGUCGGAUUGUCUCGUAGCUUUCUGCCUGUACGGCCACCAGUAGCGGCGUCAUGCCAUAGAUAUCUCGCGCAUCAGUAUCGUAGUAGUUGAGUAGCGCCUUGGUGCACUUGACCAUGUUGAGUUCGGCUGCUUUGUGGAGGAGGGUGAGUUCGCCCGUGCCUGUUCUUGCAAGGCGCGGUUUAAACUCAAGAAUGGCCUCGAGAACUUCACUGUUGUCGUCUUGUAUGAAAUGGUGUAGAAAUGUGACGCCACGGUGCGAAAACGUGUUGACGUCUAGACCACGAUAAAGAAGAACCUUGAUCAUUCUCCAAUCCUUUAACCCGGCGAAUAUUUCUAAGGGUGUUUUGUCGUGCACCGAGACUUGUACAUCGGCUCCGUGUGAGAUUAGCAGCUCGGCUUCUCUAUAUCGGCCCCUUUCCAUGGCAUGCUGAAGCGGCGUCUUUCCUUGGUCGUCGACAAUAUCUACCUCAGCACCGUUAUCGAGCAUCAGUUCCAGGCACGCAAUAUGCCCUUUUGUUGCGGCUAUAGUCACUGGUGGCCCAUCUUGGGAAAGAUCAAUGUCUGCUUUGUAUUGAAUCAGCAGUUCAACCAUUUGAAGAUGUCCCUUUGCCGUGGCUUCCGACAGUGGCAUAAAAUGCUCUUCUGGUUCGUCGUAGAAGCCGUCUAGUUCGGUCUCUGCUUCAUCUUGGUCUAUCCCGGGCGUUUGAAUGUCUGCUCUGCGGUUUAGUAGAACAGUAGCGCAGGAUAUGCUUUUGGACAUGACAGCCUCAAAAAGCAGUGUUCUUCCGGAUUUGCAAAUAGCGUUGAUCUGGUCGGAUGAUAGAUAUCCCUUUUGAAAGAACCAUUCUAGCACAUCUGGUCGCUUUUCUCGGAUGGCUACCAGGGCCAGAUACUGAAAGUCCAAGUCAAUUCGAUAGGUGAGAAUUCUUGAAAUGGUGGCUACUCUGGAUAUCGACACGGCCCAUACAAUGCACCAUGCUUCAUUUUUGGUAAUGUCUCUGCUAUACAACAGUCUGCCGGUGACUUUGUGAAAGUAGCGAUUUGUCCGUGAUAGUGCAUUCAAGUCUUUUGCCGUCUCCAGGCUGCUGGCUAUACGCAAGUGUGCUUGCGGCGGCAGAUACUCCAACCGCAUCGCGGUGGAAGAGGUGGUGAUGCGCAGAUGAUUUUGGAUUCUUUAGGUUGAACUUUAGAAAAGAAGACAGUAUUUCCUUUGAGUGAAGCUGCUCGGCUUCUGUAGAAGAACAACGAAAACCCCC